AUGAUUUCUUUAAGCAAGUUCAAAGCCGUUGAUUUUUACAGGAAAUUCCCUAGAGAUUUGACAGAGGCAUCGGUAUCGGGUGCAUGGUUGUCCAUUGCAACUGCAUUGGCUAUGAUAUUUUUAUUUGGAAUGGAACUGAAUAAAUAUUUAACAGUCAGCACCUCGACAUCUAUUAUUAUUGACAAUAGUUCUGAUGGGGACUUUUUACGCAUUGAUUUUAACAUCAGUUUUCCAGCGCUUUCAUGUGAAUUUGCAUCUGUUGACGUGAGUGAUGCCUUGGGAACUAACAGGUUGAAUAUAACAAAAACGAUUCGAAAGUUUUCUAUAGAUCCACAAUUAAGGCACAAGGCUAUUGAGUUUCAUUCAGAACCUGUUCCACACGUCAUUCAGCACGGAGAUGAAGCUGAUGAUGAAGCUGUUGAGGGUUCCGUAUCAUUGAAUAGUGAUAGCUUUGCCAAAGUUUCACAGGAGCAUCCAAUUUUGGUCGUCAAUUUUUUUGCUCCUUGGUGCUAUUGGAGCACUCGCCUGAGAUCAUCGUGGGAGAAAGCUGCAAAGAUAAUUAAAGAAAGGUAUGAUCCAGACAAGGAUGGACGUAUUAUUUUGGCAAAAGUUGAUUGCACCGAAGCAGUUGACUUAUGUAAGAGGCAUCACGUUCAAGGGUAUCCAUCCAUUCGCAUUUUCCGAAAAGGCAGUGAUUUGUGGGAUGACUAUGGACACCAUGAACAUGAAUCUUAUUAUGGAGAUCGUGAUACAGACUCACUGGUUAAGGCAAUGGAAGAACUGGUCUCACCUACUCCAUUGGAGAACCAGAAGCCGGCUUUAGAGAAGAAUAGACCAGCACCAUUGACAGGAGGAUGCAGAAUUGAAGGAUACGUGCGUGUGAAAAAGGUUCCUGGCAACCUUAUCAUUUCGUCUCGUUCAGGAGCCCAUUCUUUUGACUCUUCUCAAAUGAACAUGUCUCAUGUCAUUGGCCAUCUUUCCUUUGGUAAAAUAAUUUCACCCCGAGUACUAAGUGAUGUGAAGCGACUAAUACCGUAUCUCGGUAGACGCCACGAUAAGUUGAACGGUCGAUCAUUCAUUAAUCACCAGGAUUUAGACGUAAAUGUUACAAUUGAACAUUACCUUCAAGUAGUGAAAACAGAGGUGGUUACGGUCAAAUCUUCUCAUGAAAGUUCGUUAAUCGAGCAAUACGAGUACACAGCACACAGCAGUCUGGCACAAAGCGUAAACAUGCCUGUUGCCAAAUUUCAUUUCUGGUUAUCUCCAAUGCAGGUUUUAAUAACCGAAAACCCAAAAUCAUUGUCACACUUUCUCACCAAUGUUUGCGCUAUAAUUGGAGGUGUUUUCACGGUUGCUGGGAUUUUGGAUUCAAUCUUAUACAUUACAAUAAGGCUGAUGAAAAAAAUGGAGAUAGGCAAAAACAUUUGA